AUGGAAGAUAAAGAAAAUAUGGAUAACUGCAGGUUACAGAAUUUGGAAAAUAUCAGCCGUAUAUACAUACAGAAAUACUGCAACCAGCCGAGUAUUAAAUACACACCGUACUUCACAAAAAGGCUGCUUACAUCCCAGGAGGAGGAAAAAAUAAGAGAAAGGCCUGAAAUUAGACUGGCAUUCUCAGACCUUCUUUUAGAGCAGAUGGACUUUAUCCGGUCAACAGUAGGAAGAAUUUCUGAAAUACUUAACUGUACCAUAUACAUAGACUCAAAUAAUCUUAUGUGGGCCACGCAUGUAAUCACUAAUACUACUUCAGAUGGGCUCUGUAAGAGAACAUAUAACUACUUGGCAUCAAUUAUUAUGAAGAAAUCAAUUGUUUCAUUCCUGUGGUAUGCAGACUUAUUUGACAGAUCAAAAAAAAUGACUGGAGACAAGCACUCUACCCUGUCAUUUAUGCAGUAUUUAAGUCAAGUCACUCAAAAUAAUAUUGUAAAGGGCGACUGUCUGGGCGGACCAUCAAAAGCACCCAUGCUAGCUCAUAUGAGCACAAACCCCAGCCCACUGCUUAAAGGGCUGAAUGUAAAGGAUAAAAAGCACCUUCUCUCUCCCAUGGAAAAUAGUCUUAUUAUUAUGGCAGGAGGAGUUGUAAAUGCAAAAAACACCAGCACACAGAAAAAGCCCAGCAGGUACAUUAAAAUAACAGAAGAAAGAGAGAUUUUUAAGAUGGUGUCAUCUGGGCUACUGCUGACAUUUCAAACACUGGACAGUGAAACCUCUUCUAGUGCGGAUGUCUCGUCAUCUUCUACCACAGACAGUACUAUUUCAUAA